AUGUCAGGAUUAUCUAACGGGGGAUGUUUCAAGUGUGGCACGCUUGGUCAUCGGGCCGAGCAAUGUCCUGCUGAAAGUCGACUCUGUUGCAAUUGCAGGCAACCUGGUCAUGAAUCGGCUUCAUGUCCUAAUCCACGUACGGCAGGUGGCAGAACCUGUUUCACAUGUGGUGGCGUCGGACAUUUGGCAGCGGAAUGUCCAAACACCAAAAAUCUUCAUACUUCUACUGCUGGCGGUGGAAGUCUUGGUGGGACGAAGUGCUAUACAUGCGGUCAAUUUGGCCAUGUCAAACGCUCCUGCAGUCAAUUUAGCAAUGGAGGCAGUCAAGGUUCACUCCAAGCUCGUAUUGGCGGCUUUCAGCCCAGGACACCGAGUCAACCAGUGCAAUGUCAUAAAUGCCUGGGGAUGAAUCAUCUCGCCAGAAAUUGUAUGGCUAUCGUUCCCCCGCCUGCGUUUCAACCAAGAUAUUUGAAACCCAAGACUUGUUUCAAUUGUCAACUUCCUGGUCACAUCGCCAGUAAUUGCCCAGGUUCAGCCUCUUGA